AUGGCGUCUCCGGGAGACCUGGAGUCCGCUCCCUCCCGAGUGCCAGCCACCAAGGUGGAGCUCACCGUAUCCUGCAGGAAUCUGCUGGAUAUGGACACUUUCUCCAAGUCUGAUCCUGUGGUGAUUGUUUACAUUCAAGAAACGGCAGACAAAGAAUGGCGAGAGUUUGGCCGCACAGAGGUGAUUGAUAACACACUCAACCCUGACUUUGUCCGCAAGUUUGUACUUGACUAUUAUUUCGAGGAAAAGCAGAACCUGCGUUUCGAUGUUUACAAUGUGGAUUCCAAGACGUGCAACCUGCCCAAGAGAAAGGACUUCUUAGGCCAGGCCUUUGUGGCCUUGGGAGAGAUCAUUGGCUCCCAAAGAGGUCGCCUGGAACGGAACCUUACGGGAAUUCCAGGAAAGAAAUGUGGUGCCAUAGUGCUGUAUGCUGAAGAGCUCAGCAAUUGUCGGGACAUUGUCACCAUGCUGUGUGCCAACAAGCUGGACAAGAAGGAUUUCUUUGGCAAAUCAGAUCCCUUCCUUGUUUUCUACCGCAGCAACGAAGACGGCACGUUCACCAUCUGCCACAAGACAGAGGUGGUGAAGAACAAUCUGAAUCCGGUGUGGCAACCGUUUUCCAUCCCUGUCCGCUCCUUGUGCAAUGGAGACUACGACAGGACCGUGAAAAUCGACGUCUAUGACUGGGACCGGGAUGGCAGCCACGAUUUUAUUGGAGAAUUUGCCACAAGCUAUCGGGAACUCUCUCGCGCCCAGAACCAGUUCACAGUCUAUGAGGUAAGCGAACCUAGGAAGAAGUGCAAGAAAAAGAAGUACAUUAACUCGGGGACUGUAACCCUUCUGUCAUUCACAGUGCAGUCAGAAUUCACCUUUGUUGAUUACAUUCGAGGCGGGACGCAACUGAAUUUUACUGUCGCCAUUGACUUCACGGCCUCCAAUGGGAACCCUUCACAGCCCACUUCUCUUCAUUACAUGAGCCCUUAUCAACUCAGCUCCUAUGCCAUGGCACUGAAAGCAGUUGGCGAAAUCAUCCAGGAUUAUGACAGCGACAAACUUUUCCCUGCUUAUGGCUUUGGUGCCAAGGUCCCACCAGACGGCAAAGUGUCUCAUCAGUUCCCUUUGAACAAUAACCCAGACAAUCCCAACUGCGAGGGCAUCGAAGGAGUAUUGGAAUCCUACUUCCAAAGCCUACGGACCGUGCAGCUCUACGGACCCACCAACUUUGCACCUGUCAUCAACCAGGUGGCCUGUUUGGCUGCCCAGGUCACUGAUGGCUCCCAGUAUUAUGUUCUUCUCAUCAUCACCGAUGGAGUGAUUUCCGACAUGCUGCAGACUAAAGAAGCCAUUGUCAGUGCUUCUUCCUUGCCCAUGUCUGUCAUCAUCGUGGGAGUGGGCCCUGCUGAGUUUGGGGCUAUGGAAGAGCUGGAUGGAGAUGAAGUACGGGUCUCCUCCAGGGGCCGUUAUGCUGAGAGAGACAUUGUACAGUUUGUGCCCUUCCGAGACUACGUAGACCAUUCCGGCAACCACAUUUUAAGCAUGGCACGCCUGGCGAAAGAUGUCCUAGCCGAAAUCCCAGAGCAGCUGCUUUCAUACAUGAAGACCCGGGACAUCAAGCCUCUUUCUGCUAGACCACAGUAG